UAUUGAUAUUACUCCGUAUAAUUUUCUUUCCUUCCCUUUUAAUUUAACAGUCCUGAACAGAGCUAUUCUUUGUAUUGGUUCCUCUUUUUUGCCUUUUUUCUCUCAAACUUUCUUGUUGAUAAAUUGGAUUCUUCAAAACAUAUCUGAUCUUCACUCUUUUCUCUCUUUAGUUUUCUCUUUUGCCCUUUUGGCUUUUAAAUACAAUGGUCUGAUCUUCAUGCGAAUCUGAGUAGAAAGCAUGGAAAACAGAGCUGCCAUGUACAUGUCCACUCCAGUCAAGUUCAGUGAACACAAACGGCAAACUAAAAUGUGCCGGGCAUUUCCGGGCAGAAGGUUUUCUGGUCGGAGCUCGCCGGAGGCGAAUGCCGGGCUGCCCAGAGUUUUGCGGAUAUCUGUGACUGACGUGGACGCUACCGAUUCCUCCGGUGACGAGAAUGAAGAAGCCUUCUCUACGCGUCGGAGAAUCAAGAAGUACGUCACGGAGGUCACGUUUGCGGCGUGGGGACGAGAUUACGGUAACGGAAUCACUAAAGGCGCUCUGAGGAAAGCUGCGAUGCGGCGGAGGCGGAAGAACGGCGCGGUGAAGCCGCCGCCGGAGAAGCAGGGUUCUGAUGUGAGGAAAUACAGAGGAGUGCGGCGGAGGCCGUGGGGGAAAUGGGCUGCGGAAAUCAGAGAUCCAGUAAGCCGUCGGAGAUUAUGGUUAGGGACGUUCAAUACCGCCGAAGAAGCCGCCGCGGUUUACGACAAUGCGGCCAUUCAGCUGCGCGGACCGAAUGCGUUGACCAAUUUUUUCUCCCCGGCGGCAGCUUCAGACGAGAAUUGUGCGAAUGUGACGGCGGAGUACGGGGAAGAGUCCAAUAACAACCGCCUAUCCUCUCCCAAAUCCGUCUUUUUCUUCAGCGAAGAAACCGAAGCUGCUGAGCCGGUCCUGCUCCGAGAAAUCGACGCCGUCAAAAUGAGCCGAGCCUUGACCGGCAGAACUGCCGUACCUGAGAUUUCGCCGGAAUCUCCUCUAUUUGAAACUGUUUCGGCGAGCGAAUUGUUGCAGUUGGAGAACCCGAAACCCAUACCCGACCUGUUUGAUGUGACGGGUUGGUCAGACAAGAUCUUCAAGGAAGAAUGUCCAGACAUGUUUAUUGGGUCAAGUCAUGAUAUCGGGUUUGGACUAUCCACAAGCUUAAUGGACGAGUACUUUCAAGGCUGCGGGGAUGUAUUUGGGUCGGAUCUACAAUUUUGAAUCAAUUGUGUAGUGUUUGUUCAUAAUAUUUGUUGUAUUUAAGUAUUUAUUUGUGUUCUUACCUGUUUAUUGUUCAAGUUUGUUAAUCUAUUAUAUUUUUAGGGUCAAAGUGUCAUAAUUUUAAACGUAAAAAGUGGUGUUACCGUGUUAAGUUAAUCGUGACAAAUAUUAGAAAAGGAGAAAUGCGCAAGCAAGUGAUGUUAAGAGGAGCUUUGGAUUAGGUGAAGCAAUGUAAUGGAA